AGCUUCUCAUCGCCCCGUCGCAAAUCCUCCAUUCUCCUGUCCCCGAACAAGCGAGCGACCCAACCCUCCCAAAACCCCCCGACGAGCGAAGAGCGCAAGAUGUUCGGCUUCGGGCACCACGGCCACCACGGCCAGAACCCGCCGGCGCACCCCCCGGCCCACGGCGGCGGCGCGCACCAGCCCACCUUCAAGAUCUUCUGCAAGGCCGAUGAGGGCUACUGCCUCACCGUCCGCGACGGCAACGUGGUGCUCGCCCCCGCCAACCCACGCGACGAGCACCAGCACUGGUACAAGGACAUGCGCUUCAGCGCCCAGGUCAAGGACGAGGAGGGCAACCCGGCCUUCGCCCUCGUCAACAAGGCCACGGGGCUCGCCAUCAAGCACUCCCUCGGCCAGUCCCACCCGGUGAAGCUUGUGCCGUUCAACCCGGAGUACCAGGAUGAGUCCGUGCUGUGGACGGAGAGCGGCGACGUGGGCAAGGGCUUCCGCUGCAUCCGCAUGGUGAACAACAUCCGCCUCAACUUCGACGCCUUGCACGGCGACAAGGACCACGGCGGCGUGCACGACGGCACCGCCGUCGUGCUCUGGGAGUGGGCCAAGGGCGACAACCAGAGCUGGAAGAUCCUGCCGUGGGGCGACGAGGCCUACGCCGGCGGCAGCGCCGCCAACGCGCCCCGCGGCGGCGGCGGCUACGGCCACGGCGAGCCCACCGUCCGCAUCUACUGCAAGGCCGACGAGGGGUUCAGCGUCACCGUCCGCAACGGCGCCGUGUGCCUGGCGCCCACCAACCCGCGCGACGAGUUCCAGCACUGGGUCAAGGACAUGCGCCACAGCAACAGCAUCAAGGACGAGGAGGGCUACCCGGCCUUCGCGCUCGUCAACAGGGUCACUGGCGAGGCCAUCAAGCACUCCCAGGGCGAGGGCCACCAGGUGAAGCUGGUGCCGUACAACCCCAACUACCAGGACGAGUCGGUGCUGUGGACGGAGAGCCGCGACGUCGGGCACGGCUUCCGCUGCAUCCGCAUGGUGAACAACAUCUACCUCAACUUCGACGCCUUCCACGGCGACAAGGACCACGGCGGGGUGCGCGACGGCACCAACAUCGUGCUCUGGAAGUGGUGCGAGGGCGACAACCAGCGCUGGAAGAUCGUCCCCUGGUAAAUGCGCUGUGCCGGGGCUGCAUUGGUCAUCACCAUGAUCUGGAGUUGGAGAGAUCAGCCAGCCAGCCACCUGUGGUCUCCUGCUACCAUGUUGCUAGAAUAAAGUCGUGUGUGAUCGAUCUGCGGUGAUGGUGUGUCCAUGUCCGUGUUUUUAAGUCUUCCGUCGUGUCGUCAGUCCUGCUUCCGUGAGUGAGGGGAGUUAAAGGGGUUCUUCGUCGGUGAGCUUGUCUGAUUGUGCGUCCGCCAUCUGUGCUUUGCUGUGCAGGAGUUUCAGACCCGGAGCGUUCAGCUCUGUAAUGUACUCGGAUCCUUUGCUUCUAUCCAAGUGGGUUCUAUCAUCCAUACCUCAA